AGAGAGAGAGAGAGAGAGAGAGAGAGAGAGGGAGAGAGAGAGGAGGUAGACGAAGAGGAGAGAGAGAGUCCACGCCAGACUGGGUGGCACAAUUCAGGCUCACAUUAGAAGUGCGUAAAACCGCUUGGAACGCGUAAAAACAACAAUCCUCACUCGUGAUUGCGCGAGUUUUCCUUCUUUUUUUCAUUGUGGGAGUGUUGAAAGUAGUUGUGCGGUAGAGAGGAGGGGAUCUUUUUUUUUCUGAAUGGACUCUCCGGGAAGAGACGCUGGUCCUGGUCCGGGGAAGCUGGCUGGCUGGCGGCGUGGAAAUGCGCAUUGGUAACGAACGAGCAAGACACCGAUAAAGAACAAUCUCGAGCCGAUUAUUUAGUAGUUUUUUUAAAGGCUAACAAGAUGGAAGUGGGCAGCUUUCAGCCUCAUCCCGGACUUCAGCAAACUCUGAAGCAGUUCCACCUGAGCUCCAUGCGCUCCCUCAGCGGACCGGCGGCGUUCUCCGCCCGCUGGCACCAGGAGUCCCUCUUCAAGGACGCCAAAGCGGCCGAGGUGGUGCUCUCCUUGCCGGCCCACACGCCCCCGGUCAUGUCCGGUCCGCUCUUUAUACCCUCCGACCGAUCCACGGAGCGCUGUGAGACGGUACUGGAGCGGGAGCCCAUCUCCUGCUUCGUGGUGGGCGGCGAGAAGCGCCUGUGCCUGCCGCAGAUCCUCAACAGCGUUCUGCGGGACUUCUCCCUGCAGCAGAUCAACUCCGUGUGCGACGACCUGCAUAUCUACUGCUCCCGCUGCACCGCCGACCAGCUGGAGAUCCUGAAGGUGGUGGGAAUCCUGCCCUUCUCUGCGCCCUCCUGCGGCCUCAUCACGCAGACUGACGCCGAGCGGCUGUGCAACGCGCUCAUCUACGGAGGCUCGUACCCGCCGCGCUGCAACAAGGAACGAGGCUCUCUGGAGCUGGAGCGCACCGAGAAGAGCUUCCGGGUGUACCACGAGUGCUUCGGCCGAUGCAAGGGUUUGUUUGUGCCGGAGCUCUACUCGGGCCCCGGCGCUGCCUGCGUGCAGUGCCUGGACUGCAGGCUCAUGUUCCCGCCGCACAAGUUUGUCGUGCACAGCCACAAGCGGCUGGAGAACCGGACCGUGCACUGGGGCUUCGACUCGGCCAACUGGCGGGCCUACGUGCUCCUGGACCCGGACUACAACGGCAAAGAGGAGAAGGGUCGCCUGGAGCAGCUGCUCGGAGACUUAAAGGGGAAAUACGACUUGAGCGUCACUUUGGGCAGGAAGACGUGCAGGUCGCCGAGCCCCGUCACAGCCAAGAGGCCCAAAGUGGACAAAUCGGCGUCUCCGUCAGCUGACAGCGAGCGCAAACCCGAGUGGCUGCAGUCAUUGUCCACACACAAGGAUCUGAAACAAGUCCAGCUCAAGCAAAGACCAUCUGCUUUCCGACCCUGGUCUCCUAAAGCAGCCUCUCAGAAUGAACAGGAGAGGUCCAACUUAAAGUGCAAGGAGGUCCCGGUUCCUCUGGGACAUCCUGGGGACAGCCACGCUCCCGGUAGGGGGGCCAAAGCAAUCCAACCAGGGCAGCACAAUGGAGACAUGACACCCGCAGCCAAACAGUCCCUCCUGGACGACAUGGACACGGAUGGGGAGAUUGAUGUGGAUGACUGUGAUGAUGGUCCAGUAGCAGCAUCCUCGCUGGCUUCACCCCCCUCAGCCUGCAGCAGCGUCCCCCAGACGCUGACACUCCAGCCCCAGGAGGGAGUGGCCUGGUUGUCAGGAUCCGCUUGCCCCGAGAUUGACGCCCUGAGACAGACGCUUUAUGCCGGACUGGACACUAAAGAGUCCCGAGAAAAAUUCCUGCAGGAGGUGGUGAAGAUGAGACUGAAGCAGGAGGAGAAGCUGGCGGCUGCCAUGCAAGCCAAACGCAGCCUUCAACAGGAGUUGGAGUUUGUGAAAGUGGCCAAGAAAGGCCGCCUGCGUGAGGCCGUGGAGGCUAAGCGAAACCUGCGCAAGGAGAUAGAACGCCUUCGCGUGGACUGGGAGAGGAAGAUGAGGGAGGCGGAGGAGGCUAGCGGACGGCUCAAGAGGGAGUUGGAACGAGAGAGGAAGCUGAGAGGGUGUGACAAAGUAUGUGAGGCCGAGCGUCUACGGGGAAAGUACUCAGUAGAGAUCGACGAGCUGCACGUGCAUCUUCAGCAGGCCGAGGACGAUCGCGAGCAGCUGAGGCGGGAGCUGCAACAGGAGAGGGAGGCGCGCCAGAACCUGGAAAGCGUCGUUCGGGACCUGCAGUCCCAACUCACGCACACCGACCUGCACGGACCGCCCCCCACCGCCACGGCGUUCUCGCACACAGAUGGACAGAUCACACAACACAGCACCCCCUCCUAAAGCCGCACAAUAAACAGGACCAUUUCUUUUAAGUCAAUAUGGCGGUGAGGUGGACCGGAAAGAAGCGAGCACGGCCACAUCAAACUACUUGAAUAUGAAGGGAAGUCACAUGCUACACGUCUCGGUGCCACAAAAGUAUUGGUACACUCCAAGCUGUCACUGCAGACCACUGGAAGCGACAGACACCGUUUACCACUAUUUACCUGGAAUAUCAGCUUGCUUUUUUUAUAUAUGCUGUAUGUAGAGGAUUUUCAACUAACAUUGCUUGUUAUUCCAUCGGCAAAACACAAUGCAUUUAAAGCGAAAACUAUUGGAGGCUUUCAUAUUUUAUGUAUGGAUGUGGAACUUUUUCAUAGCUUAAUAUCUUCUUCUACAUUCUUUUUUUUUUUAAAUGAUGUUCUUCUAUUUGGAGUAUUAGGGACAUGCUGAAAAGAAACAAUAAUAAUAAUAGUUAUUUUUACUCUGAGGUCAACACAGAUUUUUUUUUUUUUUUUCGAGAAAUGACCUGGCAAUCUUAAAAUAUAAAUAAACACACAGGAAAUUUUGUUUUUUUUUUCUAAAUUAAAUCGUUUAUUUUAAAAACAAUUUUUAUUUUUUUUACAAAAAACUACAACUGUAUUAAAAGGAACAUUUGUUUUCUCAUUAAAAUAUGAGAAUACAUCUUUCUUCUAAAAAAUUAUACUUUUUAUUGAUAAAAAUACUACUUUUACGGUUUGAUUUUUAUCUGUGUUUUUAGUAUGAAAAAAAACAAAAUUUUAUUGAAUUGUACGACUUUUUAAAAAAAUAUUUUUUGAAAAAAAACCACCCUUUUUUUGAAAAUAUGCAGCUUUUUUAUGAGUAAAUGUGACAUAUUUCUCAAAAGUAUAAAAUAUAAAUAAUGUAGGUACUUUUUAGUAUUUUUUGUCUAAAAACAUUUUUUUUUUUUACAAAAAGUCUGGUACAUUUCCAGCAUUUUGUUGGUAAUAUAAAAUAUUUUUGUUACUUUUCAGUGUGGCCUUACUACUCCUUGGCAAAAAAAAUGUCCCUUUUAGAACAGCAAAAAAAAAAAAAAGAAAGCGAAAUAAUUGUUUGUUUUCUUUGGAAUGCGGUACCUCUGAUUUUGUAUUUGGUACUGUAAGGACAUUUAUACGGCUCAUUUGAAAGCAUUCAAUUUUAGGCUCUUAAAUCAACAAAUGGCGUUUAUAUGUGCAACAUUUCUACAUAUGUAUAAGUGCGAAAUGAGGAUAUAUAUUUUUUUACUUUAAGAGAAAAAAAAAAGGAAUUGCACUUUUGAACCUUGCAUCGUUCCCCCUUUACUUUAGUAAGUUAGAAUAAUUCAACACACGCUUCCCUCAGUAUGCUCUGAUGUAAAUACCACAAUAUUGUAAAUAAGAUAUUUCCUGCUUACUCCCUUUUAUGUUCUUACUUGAAACCAAAAAGAGACUAUAUUUGGAUUUUGAAAGCAGCAUUUUCCCUGCCUAUCAUCACGCACGAAGCCAUCAGACCAACAGAAUAUUCUGAUGGUUUCUUUGAGAUAAAUAAAGUAUAUUAAGAUUUAUAUAUUGACGCCACAGACCAAAAAGCGACAAAUUGAAAUCUCUGUAGAGUAGCAGCCACGCCGUACACUUGUACUGUAUGUCUUAUCAUCAUGUUAGCCUGGCUCAGUAUUUGUUGGCUACAGUGUUAUUUAGCACUCCUUGUACCAUUUUCUUACUCUAUAGCUCUUGUACUUUUGCUUUGGAUGUAGGCUUUCCACUUGUUUGUUCUAUAUUUUUUUGUUCUUAAGAAAAUGUGUAUGAUACC